AUGCAUCUCGUAACCCGCCUUCUCCUACCUCUGGUAAUUGCAGCAGUUGCAUUCGCUGCUGCAAUUAUUGAACCAAUUCCCCUGCCCAGACGCCAAACUCCCUACAACAUCACCAAAUACUCCGUUCAGGAACCACCACUAACUACACCAUGGACUUACACCGUUGGUACAAAUCCCUGGCCAGAAUAUCCAAGACCCCAACUCCAGAGAUCUCAAUGGUUGAAUCUGAAUGGAAUUUGGACUUACCAAAAGGCGUCUGGUUUGAAUGCGCUUGAUUCACCACCAUUCAAUCAGACAUUGGCAAACGAGGUGAUGAUUCCUUCGUGUCUCGAGAGUGGCCUUUCUGGUAAGCUUCACGAGUUCUAUCUUAGUUUGGAAAAUUGAGUUAAUUGGACCUAUAGGCAUCCAGGGCGUUAACAUGCUUUAUUCUUGGUUCUCAACAUCUUUCACUGUCCCCGAGUCUUGGUCCGGACAGACUCUGCUCAAUUUUGGAGCGGUAGAUUAUGAGGCCACUGUUUUUAUUAAUGGCAAGCAAGCUAGUUUCAAUCGUGGUGGUUACUUCAAAUUCACUAUUGAUGUCACGGAGUUUCUUACUGGUGGGCAGAAUGAGCUGUAAGUACUUCUUUCUGUUUAUCGUUCUGGGUAUACCAACUUGAAAGUGGUAUAGUUCUAGGCUGCCAAAGACAACAAGAUGUAUUAUUACAGGAACUUGCUUAUUAAUUAAAUUUUUUUAGGCUCGUCUUUGUUCAUGAUCCAACCGAUAGUGGAGAUUAUGUGAUCCCAAUCGGAAAGCAAACUCUUCGACCAUCUCACAUCUUCUACCGUCCUUGCAGCGGGAUUUGGCAAAGCGUCUGGAUUGAAGCUGCGCCCAAGAAUUAUAUUACGCAGCUUGACGUUGAUGCGAAUAUGGAUGGCCAAUGUGAGUGAUGUCUUUCAGUAACCACUUUAGAAGUAAAUAUUCUAAUGGCUGGUAGUAAACAUCACAGUUCACACCUCCUCUUCCUCUGCUUAUGCCGCCGGGGCAGAAGUGCAGGUCGAGGUUCACGAUGGAACUACCGUUGUGGCUACACAUAGUGCUUCCUCCGGGAAGGCAUUUCAAUUCACAGUCUCCUCUCCAAAGCUUUGGUCUCCCGAUUCCCCAUAUCUUUACAAUCUCACGGUAACUAUGGGCGAUGAUAAGGUUUCAAGUUACACCGGGUUCCGAACAAUCUCUCGAGGAAAGGUUGAUGGAAUUGAACGCCCUCUCUUGAAUGGAGAGUUCAUCUUCAUGAUGGGCACAUUAGACCAGGGAUUUUGGCCAGAUGGAUUGUAUACUCCGCCGAACCGAGAAGCUAUGGUCUAUGACUUAAAGAUGCUCAAGAAUCUUGGUUUCAAUAUGCUUCGAAAGCAUGUAAGUUCAACGACUACCAAAUAUUGCAAGUACUGACAUGGAACCUGGUAAGAUCAAAGUCGAAACCGCAUUGUUCUACCAAGCAUGUGAUCAAUUAGGUCUUCUGCUUAUCCAAGACAUGCCCUCACUCCGACCAAUCCAAAGCUACGUCGCUCCAAAUUGUGACCGUAUCACAUAUCUUCCUGAUGCGGUACAACAAGCUGAAUUCGACCGCCAACUUGACAUUCUGAUCAACCAACAUAAGAGCUAUCCUAGCAUUGUGAUCUGGGUCAUCUACAAUGAAGGAUGGGGACAAGUAACAGAAGGCUAUCCUGAAUUCAGACUCACCGAUCGAGUCCGCUCCAUCGAUCCAACUCGACUUAUCGACAGCACAACCGGCUGGAACGAUCAUGGCGCCGGAGAUUUCAGCGACAAUCAUCACUACGCCAAUCCCCAAUGCGGUUCACCCUUCUCCUCCAUCGCCUCAUCACCCUACGACCCAAGCAGAAUCGGAUUUCAAGGCGAGUUCGGAGGAAUCGGACAAAAUGUAUCGAUUGAACAUCUCUGGAACGUCCAAGAAGCCAUCGAUACCGUCAAUCAGACUUAUGAGAUUGAUACAACGAUCGAGGCUUGGAAUUACCGCGCACAUAUCUUGCUUGGUGAGCUCACGGACCAGACAAAGCUGUUUGCGUGUAGUGGAGGUGUCUGGACCCAGACGACAGAUGUAGAGGGAGAGGUUAAUGGCUUGCUGACCUACGAUCGGCGAGUAUUGAGACCGAAUGAGGAGCAGUGGAAGAAGGACAUCCAAGGUCUGUAUGAAGCUGCGAAGGCAAGAACUGGGGGUGGGAACAGCUCUAUGCCUCUGAUUUGA